AUGGGCGUAUCCACACGAUCCCAGAGUGGAUUAAAACGUAAAAGGGAGGAGCAAGAAAAACAAGAUAAUAACUUUGACUACCAGAAUGAGAGGCUGAUUGAUGAGAAUCGGAGGUUGUAUCGGCGCCUGCACACUCAAGCUCGCGAGCAUGAGGAAAUAGAACAGGCCUAUAAACGACAGGUUGCUAGACUUACAAACGCAAAUGAAAGCAACGCCAGGACCCUGAACGCCAAACUAGAGGAUUUAAAACGUAACUUUCGAGGCUACGAAGAAACAGCACGUAGCUUAAGGUCUCAAUUAGAUGAAAAGACCGACUCUCUACAGCGAACCAAGUUAGACCUAAAUCGACACCGAAUGGAAUUGAGCAACGCGACCCGGAGAGCUUCGAAAGCAGAACAAGAGAAUACGGUAAAGAACCAGCAGAUGGAAUUCAUGAUACAACAAUACCUUCAACUAAGAGGGCCUCUUGCCGGCUGUUCUGCAUAUUUCAGGAAAUCAAAUGCCAUCUUGGAGGAACGAAUUGUUGCCUUGUCAAAACUGACCAACCGGGUCUCCGAACCAUGGGAUCACGUACGUAUAAACCACUACCUUGGAAGACCCGAGCACAGUCUCCAUCAUGCGGCAGCUACUGGAGAUGUGAAGGAAUGCUGGAGGCUUCUUUGCGAGGGAGUGAAGGUGGACAGUCACAAUAACCGAGGAAGAUCUCCCCUUGCCUAUGCAGUGGCUCACGGACAACUGGGAGCCACGAUUCUGUUGGUUGAGGCUGGUGCUGAUCUGCAUAAAGAGGGGAUACCAUUUUUGGACCGUCCGAAGGAUAUAACCUUCCUGGCAGUGUUUAUGAAAUCUUCUUUACAAUACACAGGAGAGCUAGCAGAUAUGUAUGAGGCUAUAGCAGAAUACCUUCGGGCUGAGACGGGAGUGCUACGAAAAUUCAUGACCCCAGGGAAAGGUCUGAAAGGCUUCAAUUUCUGGCUACUUGCAAACUCUUCACGGUUGUUGAGUGGGUAUCACUACCCUGGGCCCAAUGAAAGUAAUAAGCUAUCUGAAGAGAGCGAAAAAGGAUCCUGUUCGUGGCUAAAUUGA